AUGGCCGAGACGACCCAGUACAUCCAUGACGAUGCCCAUCCACUUCGCCAUCCUCCGCCGGCCUCAUCCUCGUCGCCCAAUCCUCAACCAUGGCGCUCGCCCGCCAAACUCACCACUUCCAGUCUACAAGAGCUGAGGCGCAAAAGUGGUGAUGAGCAGCAGCGAGAUCCGACGACACCUGUUUCGCCCACGAUGUCGAGGAGAACGAGCUUUGAGAGCGAUCGCUUCAGCACCGUGUCCGGAUUGACAGCGUACUUUCCGAGUAAUCCGGCGAACGUCAACCCAAAAGCGCAGUAUGUUGCGUCGUUCGGUGCGUCGCAGGUGGUCAGCGAGAGCUUGUCCGUUAAGAGGAGCACAUCCAGCGACGACGACGAGGACAAACUAAACAAAGACGACGUGCGCUUCACCGACGGCGCAUUGGGCCUCGUCAACGCCUUUCUCGACCAGCUGCUCUACAGCUUCCUCUCCACCGCCCGAUCCACGAGCUUGUCCGCCCUGCGCCCUGCCGUGACCGAAGUGCUGAAGCACCGCCUAGCCCGCGAAGCCAUCACCAGCGCCGAGGAAGAGCUAGCCGAACUCCUCGCUGGUGGAGACGACGAUGACGAGGACAAGAAGCACAAAACUGCCGAAGACAGCAGGCGUUGGGAUCUGGAGCUCGUGUGGAAGCGUACGCGGUUAAGGGUGAUGGUGUACAUGCGCCUCGGCGAGAUGGAGGAUGAAGAUGAGCAGCGCUAUGUCAAUGAAGAAGAGUUGUUUCACGGCAAUGAGCGCCGGUUCUCUCAGUCCAGCGGUCUGGUGUCGUGGGCUGCAGCGAUCUUCCUCACCUCGAUCCUAGAGUUUGUCGCAGAGCAGACGCUGCAAGUCGCAGGCCAAGCUUCAUAUACCCGCGCACGCCGCCAGAGCCGCACGCAACGCAUCUCCGGCUUUGCUCCAGCAGACAGAUCCUCCGUCCUGACCGUCGAAGAGUAUGAUGUCGAAAAAGUCGCCCUCAACGCCACGCUCGGCCGUCUCUGGCGCACGUGGCGCAAGGCCCUGCGCAACAACAACAACGCCGGCAACGCGACACCGACGUAUCGCUCCCCGGCGACCUGGAGUCGAGAGAACAUGGUCAGCGCUCUGAGCCAUCGACGCAGCAGUUUCGGGACUGCGAAUGAAGGGUCAGUGGUCGGAGAGUCAAGACCGCAGACCAGGGAUGGGGGAGGGGAGAUGGAGUUUCCGGAGUGGGUGCUUGCGGCGAAUAUUCCGCUGCCGAUGGGGGAUGUGGGGAGGGAUGUGGAUGAGAUUUUGGUGCCGGGUUUGGUGGAUGGGGUUGAGGGGACGGAGGGGCAGUAUCCCGAUGAGCUGCUCGGGAGGCUGGUGGCGUUGCCGAUGGGCGAGGAGAAGAGGGACGUGGAUGAGAUUGAGGUGCCAGGACUUGCUAGGGAACCGGAUGGAGCGGUUGCGGAUGAUGAGGCCAGCAGGUCGGAAGUGCCGAGACAGAGGUCCAGUCUCAUGGAACCGCUGCUCCAUCAACCAAAGCCGGUGGAUUCCUUCACCAGCUCGCCUACCGCGACUGAUAUGCCAGCGGUCUCUAGGCAGAGAUCGUCCUCCUUGCCAACGCCGUCUCGGACGCCCAUGCCGGAGCGAGAUCAAAAGCCUGUCGAGGCUGCUACUGCGACCGAAGCACCUCUUGCAGAGCAGGCUGUUGCAGAUGACGAUGCGCAAUCUCAGAGCCAGGAAGCGGACCGGAAGGGAGGAAAUGAAGCCUUUCCCUGGAUGGUCGGUGGUGCUGCUAUCACCACUGCUGCUGCUGCUGCUGCUGCGGGGGUUGCAGGUGCUGCCUCCUCCAGUGAUCGGGAAGCAAAUGGCCAGAGAGAAGCACCGCAGCGGUCGAUUCCGCGGAAACCAUUGCCUGGAGAUAGUACAUCGCAAGGUCUAGCCAUACCGGAGGACGUCACAGCGCCGGGGAGCGCUCUAGCAGAAGAGCAGCACCCACUAAGAGAUGUAGAGAAGCAUCCAUCGCAACGCUCCUUCUCCGACCAGGAGAUUGAAGAACUUGACAGACGAAAGAGCCUCAUCGACAUCAAAGCCAUGAUGUUCGUCAACGGCUCCUCGGGUCCAGCAUCCGGCCAGGAGUCACCGAGAAAUGAGGAGACGUCCUACUUGCGGCCAGCAUCCAGAGCAAGUGACGAAGAAGUCUCGGAGCACGAAGGACCAGAAGACGCCAUUGGCGUUGCGCGAACGUCAGACGUAUCCUCUCCCGUACCCCCUCGCAUGAGCGAAGAGCAUACCGAAGCAAGGGAGUCGCCCAAGCCUACCGGAAUCGUGAACGGAGCGCCACCCGCUGCGCCAGAGAGUCCGACGGUCAAGCGGCCGGGCUCGAUGGCUUCACAACGGCAGUUCUACGAUCUGACUUCGCAGCCCGAUCAGUCGCCAGCCACUCUGCAAAGAUCACCGACCAAGUACUCCAACCGUGCAAGCCUGGCAGAUGGCGCGCAGCAGUCUCCAACGGUCGAGAAGCCGCUGCAUCGACAAUCGAUGAGUGCGGACGUUGACAAGGACGCGAGUGAUCCUCAACGACCACGUAGCUUGAAGGGGACGGGUCAGAAGAUGGCGGCUCCCAAGGGAGGGGAGGCGAGGUCUCCCAAGGCGUCGAACAAGUCUCCACGACUCGUUGGCGAUCCGGAGAGUUUGCAUGCGAUGACGAGUGCGUCGAUAAGGGGGCCGGAGGACUUUGAUAUGUUCUUGCAGGGGGCGGAUACGGUGAAGUAUACGUUGACGCCGGAUAAUGUUCGGGAUGAUUCGACUCCAAAUGCACCAGCUCCACUCCCCAAACCGCGGCAAGCACCCGUCGAAAUGGACGCGACUUCCAUCUUAACCAACUCCGACAGCCGUGUGGGAAGAAGCCAAACGGCGAAACAAGCGACGUCCGCCCACACCACAGCCGGCGCGGCAGAGAACGAGUCCACGCUGUCAAAGCGUCGCUCAGUCAGCAAGCCUUCACCGCGCAACACUAGCGCGCACCGCAAGAGCGGGCUCAUGGCUCGCGAGCCGCGAGUACAGACAGAGACCACCCGCGACUUCGCGGAUUUCAUUCGCUCGACGGGACCGCAGAAGGAGAAGCCUGUUUACCCUCUCUUGUCCAAUGCUUCGCAAACGUCAUUGCAUUCCCUCCGUUCAGCGCACAUCCACGGCGCAUCAGCUUCGCGCUCGUCGUCGCCGAAUGGCGAGAGGUCGAGAAGCAACACCCUCAAAUCCGUUGACGCGCCUGAUGUUCCGCCCGUCCCUCCCAUGACCGCACUACCUCCCAUGGCAACACAGCCUAGGCAGCCCAAGCAGCCUAAACAACCUAAACAGCCGCGGCCAGCUAAAGCGACUACAUAUGGCUCCUCGGAUCUUAUCGAUUUCAUCCGCUCUGGACCUGAGGAGGAGGGUCAACAUCGUAUUUCCCGCUCGGUAGCGCCUUUCAGGACGACGAUGGACUCGGAUCAGUUCCAUGACCUUGCUGAUCGGAAUGGGAAUGGGGUUGAGCAAUUCGGUAACGGCAAUGGCAAAGCUGCUGCUAGCGCGAGCGCGCCGAGCGUACAGAGCCCUUUCGUCCGCUCCUCGCAACGGACGUCGGAGAACUCGAGGUCUGCUCUACUCCACGGCGCCAGCAACCGAGCCCCAGCCCCAGCCGUCCAACCUGUGAGGAACCGCCAACCACCGCUCAGCAACCCCACCACCACCAGCCACGUCGCGGAAGAAAACGCGCCCGUCCGCAAGCGCGUGCGCAACAAAGACCCCUACUCCAUGGACUUCCUCGACAACGACGACGAGGACGACUGGUUCGGCCCUGCCCCCGGAUCCAGCCGCGCAGGCGGCGGGGCGGGAGGGGGAGGGGAAGAGAGUCUGUUGGAUUUCCUCAACAGCAACGAACCGCCGCAGACCACUGCGCCGCAACCGCUUCUUGACCCGAAGAGCACACAGGCGAGAGAGGCGUUGAGGCGGUACGCUUCGAGCGGUGGGAACGGGGGGCAGCAAGCGUCCAGCGCACGCGCGGGUGCUGGUGCUGGUGCUGGUGCGGUUCCGCGGUCGGGGUACGCGAGCCCAACACAAGGAUCCGUCUCCUCCGCACGCGCCGGUGCUGGAAGAGCAGUUUCAAGGUCCGGCUACGCUUCUCCAACGGCGCAGUCCGCCUCCUCCGCCCGCCCCGCCGGCUCAGGUGUCAAGGCUAUGCCUCGUGGAGGGGCGAAGGAUAUCGCCGCGACGAGCAAUACGCAGGAACUCGCGGAUUUCUUUAAGAAUUCCGGGCCCAGCGAGGGGGAGGGGGGAGAUCCGGAGAGCGCGCCGGCGCCGAAUGUUGGGAGGAUGAAUGGGAAGGAGAAGGGGGAGAAGAAGAAGAAGGGGGGUUUUUUUGGGCUGAUGCGGGGGAGGCGGAGGACUACGUAUUUGGAUAUGCCGUGA